UCUGCUGGCACCCAGCAGCUCAGAUUUAGAAACGAGUAGCAACAUCAGGCCAGUCAGAAGGAGCCACUGGAUGUCAGUCUUCUGACAAGUACCCAUCAUCCCCAACCCAGAGGGGAGAAGGGAGAAAACCAACUCCUUCCCUCUCUACCCCAGGGGCUUCUCCAUGCUUGCUAGAAGAUCAUGGGCAGUCAUUUAAAGCUGGGUCCCCAGCCAAAUUCUACCUAUAGAUUCCAAAGAUAGAAUCGGGAGAAAAUGGGAAAAGGAGAAAGAGAAAAAUGGGAAAGGGAUAUGGUGAAGAGAAGCAGAGGGAGAGAGGACUCCCUCUGUCUUGGGGUUGGCAAAGCCAAGAGUGAAGGGCUGCUGGGAGAGAAAGGAGAAGAGGCUUUGAGCAUGUCAGCAAGGGGCAGCUGAAGGCCGUGAGGGCCCUCCCACCUGGCUAGGUCAAAAGGCAGAAAGAAGAGAGGAACGCUUUGUUCCUUCCCAAGGGCAAUAGCCAGUUUGGAGGAGGAGAGGGUGAAGAGAGCGAAUAGCGUACCAGGCUGUAUCCUGUGGAGAUAAGCAGAGCUCGGAAGUCAUCUGCGUCCAUGCUGCCAGUUUGCUUCUGCUCCAAGGGAAGGACAGCCGAAGAAGGGGAAGCCCCAGAGUGGGGAUGAAGGGAGGAGAUGGCACAGGCAAGAGGUGGAAGAUGGAGAGAAGAAUAGAUGGACAAACAGUCAAGAAAGCUCAAGGCUAGAGACAAGUCGACAGGGGAACUGGCAGCUCUGAAAAUGGUGAAGAUAGAACCAGAUGAUGACCUAACCACCCUCCAACGAGAAAUCUUCAUUGUUCGAAACUGCCGGCACCCCAACAUUGUGGCGUACCAUGGCAGCUACCUCUGGCUUCAGAAAUUAUGGAUCUGCAUGGAAUUCUGUGGUGCUGGCUCACUCCAAGACAUCUACCACAUGACUGGCCCUCUUUCUGAGCUCCAGAUUGGCUACAUCUGCAGAGAGGUACUCCAGGGUCUGGCCUACUUACACAACCAGGGCAAGAUUCAUCGAGACAUCAAGGGAGCAAAUAUUCUCAUCAAUGAUAGUGGAGAGGUUAAACUCGCUGACUUUGGCAUCUCAGCCCAAAUCGGGGCAACCCUGGCUCGACGUCUCUCUUUCAUUGGCACACCUUACUGGAUGGCUCCUGAAGUGGCUGCUGUGGAGUUCAAGGGGGGGUACACAGAGCUUUGUGAUAUCUGGUCUGUGGGGAUCACAGCAAUUGAAAUGGCUGAACUACAGCCUCCGAUGUUUGAUGUUCACCCUCUCAGAGUGCUUUUCCUCAUGACCAAAAGUGGAUACCAGCCCCCCAGACUGAAAGAGAAAGGACGAUGGUCAGCUGCUUUCCACAACUUUGUCAAAGUCACACUCACCAAGAAUCCCAAGAAGCGGCCCAGUGCAGCCAAGAUGCUCAAUCACCAGUUGGUGUCUCAACCAGGAUUGUCUCGGAGCCUGACUCUGGAAUUGUUGGAGAAGCUGAGGAACCCAGGGAAGAGUCCUUUGGGGGGUGAAAGUGAGGAAGAAGAGCCUGAGCAACCUCCUGCUGUUCCUCGGAGGAUCCAUUCUACCCAUCGAGCUGGCUCCUUGGGCAUCACCAGUGUGGAUUCUGGUUGCCAGCAUAUGAAAUUCAGACCAUUCUGUUCAAAGAAGCUUGGAUCUCAAACUGACAAUGCAUCUGGCCAGCCCCCUGACCUGAGGAACUGGGACAGCAUCCCCAGGAGCAAUAGGGAACAGUCUGAUGACUCAGACAAUGAUUAUGAUGAUGUGGACAUCCCAACCGCUGCUGUGGAUGUCCCUCCACCACUACCCCCCAAGUCUAAGCUUCGGACCCCCUCAGAUGAGGGGCCUGGGGAUGAUGGGCGGCUGAGCCCUGGGGUCUUGGUUAGAUGCUCCAGUGGACCUCCUCCCCGUACACCCCACCCAGGGCCCCCUCUGGCCCCCCGAAGUCCCCACCUCUCUGCUCGAUCAGAUCCUUCCCUUUGGAGUCCAUCCCCUUCAGGCUCCAAUCAGCCCCCCAUUUUGCCCCCCAAGAAAGAGAAAAGGAAAAAGGACUGUGCCCUCCUGGUGAAAGUAUUUAAUGGCUGUCCCCUCCAUACCAGCAGUACAGCUGCCUGGACACACCCUACAACCAAGGACCAGCACCUGCUCUUGGGGGCUGAAGAGGGGAUCUUCAUCUUGAACCGAAGUGACCAGGAGGCCAUGUUGGAGAUGCUCUUCCCCAGCCGGACAACCUGGGUUUACUGUAUCAACAAUGUCCUAAUGUCUCUGUCAGGAAAGACUCCCCAGUUGUAUUCACAUAGCCUCUUGGGCCUGCUGGAUCGGAAGGAGACAAGAAUAGGGGGACCCAUUGCCCACAUCACUCCCCAUCGUCUGCUGCCCAGGAAGAAUGUGGUGUCCACCAAAAUCCAGGAUACUCGGGGUUGUCGAGCCUGCUGUGUGGCGGAGAGCCCUAGCUCCGGGGGACCAUAUCUGUGUGCCGCAAUGGAGGCUGCUGCGGUCUUGCUCCAGUGGUAUCCGCCCAUGGAGAAGUUCAUGCUCAUCAGGCAGGUCCCCUUCCCGCUGCCAUCCCCGCUCCGAGUGUUUUCGUUGCUGGCUGCGCCAGGGCCUGAGCUCCCGGCUGUGUGCGUGGGCGUGAGCCCCGGACCUGCUGGAUCCGUAUACUUUCAUAACAUCCGACUUGGUCCCCUCUCCAGCUGGUUUGGGGCAACUGGAGGAAUACAGAAUGAGGGUCCAGUGCAGGUGACCCAGCUGGCAGAUGACUUGGUCCUGGUGCUGCUAAAUGGGAGCCUGAAGCUGGUGACCAGAGAGGGGACUCCAGUGCGGGGAUUGCGGGCCCCAGAGCUCCCCCUCAGCGAGUCUGUUGAAUCUGUGGCCCUGGUUGGGGGCCGGAUCCAGGUCUUCUGGAAACAUGGCGUCCAAGUGUGGGCUCUGGGCUCUGACCAGCUUCUACAGGAACUAAGAGACCCUUCUCUUACCUUUCGCCUGUUGGGGUCUCCAGGGCCUGUUGUGGUGGAGACACGUCCUGCCAAUGACCCCAAUGCACCUAGCAACUUGUACAUUCAAGAGUGAAGCCUGUAGCUGGGUGACCCAAAACUGAGACCUUUGUCAACACCCCAAACACAUAACUGUCUCCAAUAAACACGAUUCCUCACCCUUG